AGUAUCCUAGAACAGUUUAAUCCGGCUCUGGAGAAUCUGGCGUACCUGGGUAACAAAUACGUGAGAGCUUUCCAUGCAUUAUGUGAGGCUGCUGAUGUCUAUUUUACAGCAAUUCAGAAGAUUGGGGAGCAAGCCCUACAGAGCUCUACCUCGCAGAUAUUGGGUGAAAUUUUGAUACAGAUGUCAGACACUCAAAUGCACUUGAACCGCAACCUGGAAGUAGUAGCCCAGAGUUUCCAUGUGGACUUACUGCAGCAAAUGGAAAAAAACACCAAACUGGACAUGCAGUUCAUCAAUGACAGCCGCCAGCGAUAUGAGAAGGAAUACCGACGGAGAGCUGCCAACCUCGACAAAUGCAUGUCAGACCUGUGGAGAGUGGAGAGAAUGGGAGACAAGAAUGCCCGAGAGAUGAAGGAGAACAUGAUGCUCUUGCACACGGAGAUGCAAGCUUUUGUCAGUGAGAGUCAACAGGCUGCUGAGCUGGAGGAGAAACGCCGCUAUCGUUUUCUAGCAGAGAAGCACCAUCUACUCUCCAAUACCUUCCUUCAGUUCUAUACCAGGUCCCGGGGCAUCAUCCAGAACAAGUCACCAUUAUGGAAGGAGCAGCUGGAGGCCAGUCGCAAUCCUGUCCCGACCUUGCUUAGCACUCCCCACAGCCAAGGUCUCCCAUCAGGCCGCCUGACCCCUACCCACCUUGAGAUGCCUCAGAGAACUGUGGGUGAAUUCAGUACACUGGUGACAGGAAGAAGCUCCAGCCCCUUCCCCCAGGAGACAGUGGAAAUUAUGCCUUCCCCUCAGGCAGAACCAAGGAGGAGAUCCCUGCCAAGGACUUCUUCUGCUAGUUCUCUCUCUACCGGCCAACGUUCUCGUUCUAGCUCCUUUGGAGAGAAGGCAGGAGAAGGGAAAGAAGUGGGGAGCAAAGAGGAAAGCAACAAUAAUGUGCUGAAAGUCCGAACAAUAGCACCUCACUCUGCUGGUUCCAACCGGACUCUUUUGCAGUUUGGCCUUGGAGACGUAGUUAUUGUGUUGAUACCGGAAGCACAAAAUGGCUGGCUUUAUGGCAGGCUGGAAGGGACAUCCACGAGUGGCUGGUUUCCUGAAGCUUUUGUGAAGCCAUUGGAGGAGGUGAGAGAACCUGAGGAGACCACUGCCAGGAGUGGCUGGUUUCCUGAAGCUUUUGUGAAGCCAUUGGAGGAGGUGAGAGAACCUGAGGAGACCACUGCCAGACCGUUUCCUCUGCGGAGCAGUCACAGCGUGGAUGAGCUCAUGGACCGGCCUAGUGCCCCAUCUACAGGCGAUUAUUGGCACACUACUCCUAGCAGACCCCAGUCGCCAAGCCCUUCUGCCUUGGCGGUGGCUGGCAGCCGUAGAAGCAGUGUGGCUAAUACUGCAGCAACCACCUCAGAUAAUUCCAAGAAGCCAACAGGAAGGGAGCAUCCACCAGAACUGUUCCCCAGGGGCACUAACCCUUUUGCCACUGUAAAGCUGCGCCCAACGGUGACCAAUGACCGAUCAGCACCUCUCAUCCGGUGAAAGUGGGCUAGGAUUGACUGGGUGACUGGCACAGAAAACUGUACAGAACAGUCCUUUUCAUUUCAGAGUUUAGGUUGGCAUUCCCUUGGAAUUGUUUUCUCACAAAGUGGAGGUUGGCUCUUUCCGCAUUUUUAUUUUUCAUACAUGCUGUGUUGUAGCAGUCAAUAAGCCCCUGAGUCAUUUUGCUUUGUUUUCUUAGGGCUUUUAUGCAUGAUCAUGUGCAUUUUACUCCAUUUGAAGCGCAAAGAUGGACAUUUGUUUUGCACUUUGUGUUGAUAAAAGAGAGAGAAUGUGAUACAAUUCCCAGUCCAUAUAGUCCAAUUAUAGGUUUAUGAAACUAGAGUUAUUCAUAAUACGCAUCUACCAAGUAUAAUUUGUGACAUCAUUUCAGUGUCGAGCACCUCAGCUCCUCUAUCCCUCCCCAGUUACAUUCCAUUAGUCACUGUAUCAUCUUAUGUUUUUGUUUAGUUUUAGGGAUUUUUUUUUAGUUGUGCGGCAGUUGUGCUGCCCAACUAAUGAGGAACAAUUUUAAAAUUUUAGUUCUCUCCUCUUGAAAAUGUACUUGGAGGCUAUGGGCUCCUAUGUGCUACCUAACAUGUGGGGAAAGGAUUAGACACACACUCCUCUCUCCCAUCGCAAUCACUGACUCACAGAUCUACCACAAUCUGGUCUAGUUUGGUUUUGAAACAGGGUUAUCAUCAUCAGAUAGCUUCCACUGACAGUGGCUCCCUCAUGAACGCACAUGUGGUGGCUAACUCAUGUUUGCUUCUAUACAGUAUGUGGAACGGCCCUCAGAAGUGUCUCUGAUCUUGUAGGAAGGUCCUCGGAAUUCUUCUGUGGGAGGCUGGCUUCUACUCAGGCCCAGCAGAUACCUCUUAGGGAUACAGGUUGUUGAUAUGGUGAAGGAGGGACAGGCACAGGCCAGCACUCAAGAGGGUUUGAAAAGAGCAGCACUAGUUGUUAUCCUUCAGGGGCCAGAAAAAAUGAAAAAACAAACA